AUGGGAAGCCUCCACUACUUCCUCGGCAUCGCGGGCACCCGCGACUCCUCCGGCAUGCAUCUUUCGCAAGCCAAGUACGCCGCGGAGAUUCUGGACAUGGCCGGCAUGACUUCUUGCAAGUCGGCCUCGACACCCGUUGACACAUCGCCGAAGCUCGCUGCUACUGCCGGUCCUUCAGUGGCCGAUCCCACUGCGUACCGGAGUUGCCGGAGCUCUCCAGUUUGCCUUCAUAUGCACGACCCGCGUGAGCAGCACCUCGCGGCUAUCAAGCGCAUCUUGCGCUACGUCAAGGGCACACUUUCUCACGGUCUUCAGCUCUACUCGACUUCACCGGACUCCAUGAUUGCCUACCCCGACGCCGACUGGGCCGGCUGCCCUGACACUCGGCGCUCAACGUCGGGCUUCUGUGUUUACCUCGGAGAUAACCUCGUCUCUUGGUCCUCCAAGCGGCAACCCACGGUCUCGCGCUCGAGCGCUGAAGCCGAGUACCACGCCGUGGCCAACGCCGUGGCUGAGUUUGUAGGUCUAGCAUAUGCUGAGAACCCCGCGUGCUCAACCCCAUCUGCAUUUGCUUUCCUCUCCCCUUGA